AUGGCUACCACUGUGGAGAAAGUUGCUGACGCUGCCGUCAACGACGUUACCAAUGCUCUGAGCAAUACCUCUCUCGCUGGCAAGGACGAGAACAAGGAUGCCGUCCAUGCUAGUGCCGCCGAGGGUCGCCGAUUGUAUAUUGGCAACCUCGCAUAUGCGACAACUGAGGGGGAGUUGAAAGAAUUCUUCAAGGGUUACCUUGUUGAAUCCGUCUCGAUUCCGAAGAAUCCUCGUACCGACCGCCCCGUUGGCUAUGCCUUCGUGGAUCUCUCUACCCCCUCCGAGGCCGAUCGUGCCAUUGCUGAACUCUCCGGUAAGGAGAUUCUCGAGCGAAAGGUCUCCGUUCAACUUGCACGCACUCCCCAGCCGGCUGGCGAGAAGGCCGAGGGAGCUACCAACGGCGAGGCUGGUGCCGAAGGCUCUCGGCGCCGAUCCUCUGGUCGUGGCCGCGGUCGUGGCCGUGGCCGUGCUGGUCGCGCUGGUCGUGGCGGCCGAACUGAGGGUGGAAAGGACGAUGCCCCUACUGAGGCUGGCGCGAAUGCUACCACCGCUGCCGAUUCUGAGGUUUUGCCUUUGACCGACAUCACCAACAAGGCGGAUGCUGACAAAGACAAGUCUGCGAAGAAGGGCCCUGCUCGUGAGCGUCGUGAGCGCGGACCGCCUGCUGACGGCAUCCCCUCCAAGAACAAGGUUAUGGUCGCUAACCUACCCUAUGACCUAACCGAGGAGAAGCUUAAGGAACUCUUCAAUGAUUACCAGCCCUCCUCCGCCAAGAUUGCCCUUCGUCCUAUCCCGCGAUUCAUGAUCAAGAAGCUCCAGGCUCGCGGCGAGCCCCGCAAGGGUCGUGGUUUCGGCUUCGUCACCCUGGCUUCUGAAGAGCUUCAGCAGAAGGCUGUUGCCGAGAUGAACGGCAAGGAGAUCGAAGGUCGCGAGAUUGCCGUCAAGGUCGCUAUUGACAGCCCCGACAAGACGGACGAGGAGGCGAAUAUUCCUCAGGAGAACGAGGCCAAUGGCCAAGAGGCGGCCCCUGCUGCUACUGCUUAG